CCCGCAGCGCGCCGCAAGGACACGAGCAACUCCGACCGGGCGCCACCGAGCCCCUCUCCCCUUUCGAUGUGCGGCUUUGGACAUGCGGAGGCUACUGCAACCGUGUUGGUGGAUCUUUUUCUUGAAAAUCACCAGCUCCGUGCUCCAUGAUGUGGUCUGCUUCCCCGCUAUGACUGAAGAUUAUGUCGGCUCCCUGCACGAAAGCAGACAUGGUAGUUCUGUGCAGAUACGGAGGCGAAAGGCUUCGGGGGAUCCUUACUGGGCGUACUCAGGUACCUAUGGUCCCGAGCACUGGGUCACUUCCAGUGAGAAGUGCGGAGGGUAUCACCAGUCUCCAAUCGACAUUGUAGACCAUCAGGCACAUGUUGGAGAGGAGUAUCAAGAACUGCAGCUUGAUGGUUUUGACAAUGAAUCUUCUAACAAGACUUGGAUGAAAAAUACAGGAAAAACGGUUGCCAUCCUUCUGAAGGACGAGUAUUUUGUGAGUGGCGCUGGGCUGCCAGGCAGAUUCAAGGCAGAGAAAGUGGAGUUUCACUGGGGUCAAAGCAACGGAUCGGCUGGCUCUGAGCACAGCAUCAAUGGCAAGAGGUUCCCUGUUGAGAUGCAGAUUUACUUCUACAAUCCUGAUGACUUUGACAGUUUUGGAACAGCAGUUCUAGAAAACAGGGUAGUCGGAGCCAUGGCUGUGUUUUUUCAAGUCAGUCAGAGGGACAAUCCUGCGCUGGAUCCCAUUAUCCAUGGGUUGAAGGGCGUCGUCCAUCACGAGAAGGAGACCUUUCUGGAUCCCUUUGUGCUGCGAGACCUUCUGCCGACGUCGCUGGGGAGUUACUACCGCUACGCAGGCUCCCUCACAACUCCCCCCUGCAGCGAGAUCGUCGAGUGGAUAGUUUUUCGGAAGCCCGUUCCUAUUUCUUACCAUCAGCUGGAGGCGUUCUAUUCAAUAUUCACCACCGAACAGCAAGACCAUGUCAAGUCCGUGGAAUAUUUGAGGAAUAACUUCCGACCGCAGCAAAGCCUGAACAACAGGAAGGUGUCGAAGUCUGCUGUGAAGGAUGCUUGGAGCCAAGAUAUGACAGACAUCUUGGAAAACCCACUCGGUACAGAAGCUUCCAAAGCUUGCAGCACUCCUCCUGUCAACAUGAAAGUGCAGCCUGUGAACAGAACAGCAUUGCUUGUAACCUGGAACCAGCCCGAAACAGUCUACCACCCUCCUAUCAUGAACUACAUGAUCUCCUACAGUUGGACUAAAAAUGAAGAUGAAAAGGAGAAGACUUUCACCAAGGACAGUGACAAGGACCUGAAGGCCAUCAUUAGCCAUGUCUCACCUGACAUCCUUUAUCUGUUCAGAGUUCAAGCAGUUUGCCGAAAUGAAAUGCGUAGUGACUUUAGCCAGACAAUGCUCUUUCAAGCUAACACUACUCGAAUUUUCGAGGGGACCAGAAUUGUGAAAACAGGAGUGCCCACCGCCUCGCCGGCCUCCUCAGCCGACAUGGCGCCCAUCAGCUCGGGCUCCUCCACCUGGACCUCCGCGGGCCUCCCCUUCUCCUUCGUGUCCAUGGCGACGGGGAUGGGGCCCUCCUCCAGCGGCAGCCAGGCCACCGUGGCCUCCGUGGUGACCAGCACCUUGCUGGCGGGGCUGGGCUUCAGCGGCGGCGGCAUCUCCUCCUUCCCCAGCAGCGUGUGGCCCACCCGCCUCCCCGCGGCGGCGGCCCCCACCAAGCAGCCGGGCCGGCCGGUGGUGGCCACCACCGAGGCCGCGUCCUCGCCGGGGCCGGAGCGGGACGCGGCGCUGACCAAGGACGGCGAGGGAGCGGAGGAGGGAGAAAAGGAUGAAAAGAGUGAAAGCGAGGAUGGGGAGAGGGAGCACGAGGAAGAGGAAGAAAAGGACGCGGAGAAGAAGGAGAAGAGCAGAGCGACCGAGGCUGCCGCGGACGUGCGAAAUAGCACAGAGCCGCCGCGGGCCACUGGUGCCCCCAAUAGGACUGCCGGGGAGGAAGGAAAUAAAACCAUAUCGGGUCAAGAGCAAAACCAAAACGUUGCCCCAACCGAUGGACGUCCCACGGAGGAGACUUCUGCAGCAGCAGAGCCUCAGCCCCCGCCUCUCCCCUCCACCCAAGUGCCGCCAGCGUUCACCGACGAACGUUACCUGGGCAAGAGCCCACGAAAACCAGAGACGACAAGGAAACCUUUUCCAAAGGAGGACCGCUUUCCAGAGGAAUACCCCUCGGAUAACAAAUUCAUCACCAUCAACCCAGCUGACAAGAACAGCUCCAGCAUGGCCACGAGACCUUCUCCUGGUAAAAUGGAAUGGAUCAUCCCACUUAUCGUGGUCUCAGCACUGACCUUCGUGUGCCUCAUUCUUCUCAUUGCUGUGCUUGUUUACUGGAGAAAGUGUUUUCAGACCGCUCAUUUCUAUGUGGAAGACAGCAGCUCACCCCGUGUGGUCCCCAAUGAAAGCAUUCCCAUUAUACCUAUUCCAGAUGAUAUGGAAGCAAUUCCAGUCAAGCAGUUUGUUAAACACAUCAGUGAGCUGUAUUCUAAUAACCAGCAUGGGUUCUCGGAAGACUUUGAGGAAGUGCAGCGCUGUACAGCCGACAUGAACAUCACUGCGGAGCACUCCAACCACCCCGACAACAAGCACAAGAACAGAUACAUCAACAUCCUCGCCUAUGAUCACAGUAGGGUGAAGCUAAGGCCUUUACCAGGAAAAGAUUCGAAGCACAGUGACUACAUUAAUGCUAAUUAUGUUGAUGGCUACAACAAAGCAAAAGCCUACAUUGCUACCCAGGGACCUUUAAAGUCUACAUUUGAAGAUUUUUGGAGGAUGAUUUGGGAACAAAAUACUGGAAUCAUUGUCAUGAUCACAAACCUUGUUGAAAAAGGAAGAAGGAAAUGCGAUCAGUACUGGCCAUCAGAGAACAGCGAGGAGUAUGGCAACAUUAUAGUCACGCUGAAGAGCACAAACAUUCAUGCCUGCUACACUGUGCGCCGCUUCACAGUCAGGAACACAAAGAUGAAAAAGGGUCAGAAAGGAAAUCCCAAAGGGCGGCAGAAUGAGAGAACGGUUAUUCAGUAUCACUACACUCAGUGGCCUGACAUGGGAGUGCCGGAGUAUGCCCUGCCUGUGCUAACCUUUGUGCAGAGAUCCUCGGCAGCCAGAACCACGGACAUGGGACCGGUGGUUGUGCACUGCAGUGCUGGUGUUGGCAGAACUGGUACCUACAUUGUGAUAGACAGUAUGCUGCAACAGAUAAAAGACAAAAGCACAGUUAAUGUCCUGGGUUUCCUGAAACACAUCAGGACACAGCGCAACUACCUCGUCCAGACAGAGGAGCAGUACAUUUUUAUUCAUGAUGCCUUGUUGGAAGCCAUCCUUGGGAAGGAGACUGAAGUAUCUGCAAACCAGCUGCAUAGUUACGUUAACAGCAUCCUCAUACCUGGCAUAGGAGGGAAGACACGACUAGAAAAACAGUUCAAGCUGGUUACACAGUGUAAUGCAAAAUACGUAGAAUGCUUCAGUGCGCAGAAAGACUGCAACAAAGAGAAGAACAGGAACUCAUCAGUCGUGCCGUCUGAGCGUGCUAGAGUGGGCUUGGCACCGCUGCCUGGAAUGAAGGGAACUGAUUACAUUAAUGCCUCUUAUAUCAUGGGCUACUACAGAAGUAACGAGUUCAUCAUAACCCAACAUCCGCUGCCACAUACAACUAAAGAUUUCUGGCGAAUGAUCUGGGAUCACAAUGCACAAAUCAUCGUCAUGCUGCCAGACAACCAGAGCCUGGCAGAAGAUGAGUUUGUGUACUGGCCAAGUCGCGAGGAGUCCAUGAACUGUGAGGCCUUUACUGUGACCCUUAUCAGCAAAGACAGACUGUGCCUCUCUAACGAAGAGCAAAUUAUCAUCCAUGACUUUAUCCUUGAAGCUACCCAGGAUGACUACGUUCUGGAAGUCCGCCACUUUCAAUGUCCUAAAUGGCCAAACCCAGAUGCUCCUAUAAGCAGUACCUUUGAACUUAUUAAUGUAAUCAAGGAAGAGGCCUUAACAAGGGAUGGCCCCACCAUAGUUCAUGAUGAGUAUGGAGCUGUGUCGGCAGGAACGCUGUGUGCCCUUACCACUCUGUCCCAGCAGCUGGAGAAUGAAAAUGCUGUUGAUGUUUUCCAGGUGGCAAAGAUGAUAAAUCUUAUGCGGCCUGGAGUAUUUACAGACAUUGAACAGUACCAGUUUCUUUAUAAGGCAAUGCUAAGCUUGGUCAGCACUAAGGAAAAUGGAAAUGGUCCCAUGACACUGGACAAAAACGGUGCUGUGAUGGCCAGUGAUGAGUCGGAUCCCGCGGAAAGCAUGGAGUCUCUUGUCUAAUUGGAAACCUGGAAAGGCACUUAAUUUGUAGAACUUCUGAAGACUGAGCGAACUUUUUUGAGGCCUUUUUUGCCAGACUCUAGGUUAUACAAUAACCCAAUUACUUUUUUACACUGAUAAAAGUUUUGAUAUUUAUUUUUUGCCAUUUUAUGUCUUAAUGGUAUCCUACUGAGCAUUUGCACCUCUGUUUAUUUCACACAGUGAAACGCAAUUUUAUCUAGUUUGCACUAUAUGAUCAGUGUUACUGCCUAUAAUAUUCUAAUACAAAACAAGCCCUGAUGUGACAUUCCAUGACAACAAACAUCCGCUUUUUUGUUUCGUUUAAAUGCAGUGAAGUUUUGCUAACUACAGUGACCCUCAAAUCUUAGAUCUCAAAUGCUAGGCCAGGUGGAUUCUUUCCAUGACAGAUACUGUACCCCUUCAUACCAUAUUUAUUAUUUUAAUGAUCACGUCACAGUUUUGGUAACUGUAUUCUGUAUUCCAGUGGAGUGGAUGAGCAAAGUUCAUCCUUUCUUGACAAAAUGUGGCAGGUGAUUUUUAGCUACAAUGAAGAUGUAACAGCCUUGUGGAGCUGAAACAAUUGUUUCUGUAUUGUUUCAAAUUACUGUUUUGUACACUCACAGGCCUAAGACUUGCUUCACAUAGAAUAUAUAAAUAACAUACAAUAUAAAUAUAAAUUAGAUGCAAUUCGUAUGUGGGACACAUUUACAGGUUUCGAAUUUACAGCUCCAAAGUUUCCCCAGUUAUUCAGGAAAAAUGUCAAUUUUAGUCUGUAAGCAGAAGAAAGUGCUUUGUUUUUAUUUUCGUCAGAGCCAAUACAGUGAGAAAUCUACUACAAUCCAAAAUCAGACCUGUUUUCAGAUAUAUUGAAGGUAGCAAUAUUUUACAUUACUAAGCUAUUCAAUAUUUUAAACACAUUAAUUUCCUUACUAUUUCUUGAACAUGACCUCACACCUAAUGGUAUGUUACAUGAUGACAGGCGUUUCUUAAUUUCAUAACUGUUAGAUGCCAUUUUUACAGGUGUGUAAUUUUCAUACUUUAGUGCUAAAACAUAAAGUACUGAUCCAUAUUUACUGGUGAAGCAAACUAAUAAAAAAACUACCUAUAAAGUUACAUUCUCCCUCUUUUUUUUGCCAAACUAAUCGUUUAGCACAAGCCUAUUUAUUCUGUUUUCCCUCCCACACCAAUGAUAUGGUUUUCCCCAGAUUAUCUAAAUAAUUCAGUUAUUGUUUGGAGCAUUUAAGUAUACAUCCUCAUUGGCUCCCUUUUUCCUUUGUAUUUGGUCGCAAUUCAACGAAGGUCCAUCCCUAUUUAACAGAAGAAGUAAGCACAUACUUAACUCUCCUGCGAGUUAAAGCUAACUGUGUCCUUCAUAGCUCUGCUGAAUAGGGAGAGGUUAUUGAAUCUGCCUUGAAAAGGAAAUGUGUUAUUUCAACCAUUCUGAUGUUCGGUAUACAGUUAAAGGCACUAUCCUUUAUAUAUGGCAUUAUUUUCUUUUCUUUUCGAUUGCAGCUGCACAAAACAUGCAUUGUAAUUUUUCAAAACUUGUCCAAAUGCUACAGCAUAUUUUUCAUUUAAAUGUAAAACUGUUAAUUUCUGCUGCCUGUCCAGUCUUUCUGAAAUGGAGACAUUUGGCAAGGCAAAACCCACUUCUUUUUUGGGAGGGGAGGGCAGGGAGGAAGCUUAGCCGAGCGGAGGGAAUCGUGUGCGUUUGCGCACGGAGGAAAGCUGCAAGGGAGCGGUUUGACAUUCCCCGGAGCAGGUGUUUGGGGCCAGAGCCUCACGAGGUACGAGCUGAAACGGCCUCGUCGAGAGCGGUGGAGCUAUGCAAACUGGUAUGUGCUGAUAUCUGGUCUUUUAUUUUUAACGAGGGAAAGGCUUCCUAAAGUAUUUAAGAGUUCGUGGUUACCUUUUACUUACCAGUUCGUUUAAUCCCUUGAUACAAGUGAUCCAAAUAACUGCUAAUGCUGAACAGUGUAAUACAGCCGUGGUUUCUGUAAGGAAAUCCCAUGCCCAGCGCCAGCUAGUCUGAAUAAAAAAUGUGCAAAAUGCUUCGAAAGAAUGCUUUGUAGCUUGCAGCCCCUUUGCCUUGGGACGCCCCAGCACCGAGGAGCGAGCCAGCGUAGUGCGAGGUAGGAGGUCAGACCAGCUGCCCAGUCAUGACACCCCAGAAGCAGUUAAGUUUCCAAGAACCACGGUCUGCGAGGGCCCGAAGGUUUGGCAGUGGGUCUGCUGGCCGCUGUGCACCGGUGCCCAGGCGCCGGUGCCCCAUGGCUAGAGCGAUCCCAGCCUGGGCAGUGCCAGCGCGUAGCACAGAGGGAUUCUGCUGGAUUUGAUCAGUUCGGUCUGGAGAAGUGAAGUUCCUGGGGAGAUGCAGGGAGAAGGAAAGAAGUCAUAGUUUUUCAUUUCAGUGGCUUGAUGGAAGAUACCUGUGCCUCAUGACACACUGCCUGACUAGCCUUGGUUUAAUUCCUUGUCUUCUCACAGGUUUUAAAAAUCAAUGACAGCAUGCCAUGGGGCUGACCUUUGGUAGAUGCUUUGGAAAUCCAUGCAUUUGCAUUGGCGUUUUCCCACACCUGAAACGCUUGCUCGGGGCUUGAUUCAUGGGGAAAUAACUUACACUGAUGUUCUAUGACUUCUCCAUGGAUUUUUUCUUAAAGGGGAUCAAGCCGAGUGUGAAGUCAGAUAGCCGAUAGAUGGUAGUGACGCAUUACGGUUGAAGGGGAUGAAGCUAGAGAUCGCUUGUGAAAGUCAGGAUUAAGAGUGCGUAAGAGCCAGAUCUAUCCUGAUGUAAGCAGCUGGCGUUCUGCUUCCUUUACAUGGCUUUGCACCUCUUCCCCAGGGCUGAAUGAGCCUGUCAGAAGGACUGAACGGGUGUUGAGAUCGGCGCUCGCAGAGCUCUGCUGGGAUGCUCUCGCGUGGCUGUCGAGCCAAAGUCAAGUCCCACACGCGUUCAUCACGGCAAACUGGCACUUCCCUGCUUUUGCCACGCUAACCUCACACAUUGCAGCCACUGCUCACCACGCGGUCGGGAUGGCUUUCAAGCAUCAGAAGUUCUCAAGCAACGUGCAGGCCUGCAAAUUAGGAGACCCUAAGUAUGGUCCACUGCUGUAAACUGUGAGGCUCAGCCCCAGCCCUGAGGAAUAAGGAAAUGAUGGAUUUAAGUGUGCGUGCGUGUGUCUACAUUUAGAAAGUAGUGUUUGGCCAUGCCCUGCUUGUGUACUCCACCAGCAGACCGUGUGAAAGACACACGAGACUUCUCGGAGUUGAGCCAAAAAUUAUAACCAAGCUUUCCAAGCGGGAAUGUUGGAGAAGUUGAAGUGUCUUAAUGUCUAAAUUGGUGACGUUGGCAGCCAAAUGCCCUAGUCCUACAACCACUCCUGUAUGAGAGUAACCUGAGGUAGGCAGGAGGGUCUGGGGGAGCCAGCAGGACUGCUCGGACGUGCAGGCUAGGCGGGCUGGUCCCUUUGCUGGGCCAAGGUCUGAAUAACUUUCAUUUAAAGCAGCGUUUGUCCUUAGUAUUUCACAGUGUCUGCUUCCAAAUAUGAAUUUAUGAACAGAAAAAAAACCCCAAAUCCUUAAACUACUUGCUGUGUGUGACUGUUUCUGUGCCGUGGUCUGUUCUAGGUUAGUGGAGUCAUUUACAGGAGCUGCAGCUUUUCACUUGUUUUUCCGAUUUCUGACUGCUUGAAUUGUUUGAACCCAGAGCCACAUACCCAAACAUUAGGCGAAUAAUCUUUAUGACACAGCACAACUGCCUUCUUAUUAGUCUUUUUUUUAAGCUGAUAUAUUUUAUUUAAAAGCUAAAAUAUAGAUACCAAUUCUACCAAAGAUACAUAUUACUAAUUCUCAGCAAAACAGAAACAACUUAAAAAAAAUUAAAAUGUAGUUGUCUUAAAGAUUUAGCAGUCUUUCUCCAAUUCAUGCCUUUUGACAUCAAAUCCUGUGUUCUGAAGUCUAUGUCAAAUGGUGCCAGUGAAUUUUUAUAUGAAGGGAAAAUGCCUAUUUGUUAAGCCACUGCAUUGCUUUUCUGCUUUUUUUUCUGUUUUUUUUUUUUUUAAGAGCUGUAAUUCAACUGUUACUGUUACCCCUUUGCUCUUCUUCUCUUUGUUGCCAGUCUAACAAUGUGAGCUACAUUGGCUUGGCUUAUCAAAGGAGAAGGCAUGCAAAAAUAGAGGAGGAGAAGGAACUGUAAUGAAGAGAUUUGGCCUCUACUUUGUCCUAGCUGUUAAACUGUUUUUAGUGUUUUUGUUAACUAUUUGCAAAGGGAAGCAUUUUCUACAGAGGAUAAUUAAUUUCAAGAAAAAUGUCUUGAGUUUUAAGAAUAAACGUCUCCAAAAGAGGAGAUAGUCAAUUUUAUACAAUGUCACAACUCUCCAACAUUUGGGGUAGUGACUUUUUUUGUUUUGUUAGAGCAUUUGAAACUAGCAAGCAGCCAUUGUUUCUAAAUACCUAAGCGUUCAUGUGUACUCAUAUUUUCUUUUCCCUCAUUUUUAAAUAGCAAAAUCAUUAAAACUGUAAAUAUUUUGUUGCUUGGAUAAGCAUCUUCUGGGAACUUUGUAUCUAUGGUAUAUAAUCAUAGAAUUUUAUAUUUUCAUAUAAAGCUAAUUUUUUUCUAGUUUCACCUCCUUCCUAGUUCUGUGGUGGCUACGUGACUACAUACCUUCUGUGCAUCAAGGUAGUGAGACACCAUCAUCACACUCCAGAAAGAUUCCCACACAUGUCAUUUCUUUGGGGCAGUGAUUGUGAAAGUUGGAUUUUCUUUGGAUUCCAUUGUCAGUGUGUGCAAUAGGAAUUAGACUUAGCCAGUCACUGGAUACGUUUGUCUCAUCGAUCCAUUUGGAAAAAAAAAAAAUGUGGUGUUUGGUUUUGGGACCGGGUGGGAGGGAGUAUUUUGAGGGAGAUUUUUGUUUGUUUGUUUUGUUCUGUUUUUCUUUUUUGUUUGGGGUUUUUUUGUAACUUGAAUCUUCUUUUUGUUAUGUUUAAAACUAUAUCAAAUCAUUCUAUUAUAGUGUUAUUUAAUAUGUAAAUUGUAUUGCUAUACAUAAAAUAAAGUAUGGUUUUUGAUGUA